AUGCCACUCGCCGCUGCAGGUGCUCUACCACUCGCCGUCACCGACAUGCUGCACGACAUCCUGUGCCUUCCUGCCAAUGAGGUCUGCCGCAUGCAGCUGGUGUGCCGGACGUGGCGGUCGCCGACGUCCGACCCACACAUCGCUAGGGUGCACUCCACGCGCCGUCCGGCACCACACGUCAUCGUCAUCCGCCACCACGAUGAAGACGAGGUAGUAGCUGAUCAUGAGGUCCGCGUCGUGGACCUGCACGGCAAAGUCAUCAAGUGGAGGCGGAUUCGACGGCCCAUCGGCCGCCUGAUGAUCGUGCACGGCGACUUGCUCUGCGCCUCCCACGGCUGGGGCCUGACCUGCGUGGUGGACAUGGUCGCCGGCGCUGUUCCCGACGUGGCUGCCGAGCACAGGAAGAAAGUCAACUCAGCGACGCCCCAUUGCGUGCUCGGGCACGUCCCGGCCACCGGAGAGUACAAGGUGGCGGCGGCAGACGUGCGAGGUCUGAUACUGGGUGGCAUUGUUGGCGAUGCCGGAAGGUGGAGAUGGAGACCGUGCCCUCCGGUCACCCUCGGUAUCAAGCCCGGGUCCAGCUCCUGGAACGUUGCGGUUGUCGCCGGGCUCGCCUGCUUCCUGGCAGACGAAAUCGACGUGGAGGCAGAUCGCCUAGCUAUAUUCGACCUGGCGACGGAGGAGUGGAAACCAGCGACGCUCCAAGAGCCCUUGACAUGCGGUGCAGAUCGCCUUCUAGCUAGCAUGGACGACGAGGACGAAGACGACGAGCUCAUCAUGCAGCUCAUCAUGACGCUCAUCAUGCCGCCCUAUCGUCCUCUUGUUCUUCUUCAUAGGAAACAUUGUCAGCUGGCCAGGUUGGGCGAGAGUUCGGUGGUACUCUACUACAACGUCAAGAAUGGCUCGAUGGAGCUCUGGUUCCUGGAAGACAUGAAGAAUGACACGACGGCGCGCUGGAGCAAACGGUACACGUUGCAGUGCACGCUGUUUGGAAAUGAUGAGUCCCUGCACUAUAACUACUAUCCGCUCCGGUUCUAG